GCAAGCUAACAUAAAUAACCGGAGCAGGUAGCCACUAAACCGCGGAAAAAAAUCCAGCCCAACCUGUCAUGGCUCUCCGCCGCCGCCUCCUCGCCGCUGGCCUCCUCCUCCUCCUCUCCGCCGUGGCCCUCUGCUCGGCGGAGCCCGACGUCGAGGAUCCACUCAUCGAGCAGGUGGUCCAAGGUGAAGAUGAGCUGGAGCUGAACGCGGAGGCGCACUUCGCGACCUUCGUCCGCCAGUUCGGCAAGUCCUACCGCGACGACGCCGAGCGCGCGCACCGGAUGUCUGUGUUCAAGGCCAACCUCCGCCGCGCGCGGCGCCACCAGCGGCUCGACCCCACGGCAGUCCACGGGGUGACCAAGUUCUCCGACCUCACCCCCGCCGAGUUCCGGCGUCAGUUCCUCGGCCUCCGCCGCUCCCGUCCGUCUGGCCUCCUCAAGGGCUCAGUGCACGAGGCGCCCAUCCUCCCAACGGACGGACUCCCCACAGACUUCGAUUGGCGGGACCACGGCGCCGUCGGCCCCGUCAAGAACCAGGGUUCGUGCGGGUCGUGCUGGUCGUUCAGCACGUCGGGGGCGCUGGAGGGGGCGCACUACCUCGCCACCGGCAAGCUCGAGGUGCUCAGCGAGCAGCAGAUGGUCGACUGCGACCACGAGUGUGAUCCAUCAGAACCACGCUCCUGCGACGCAGGAUGCAAUGGUGGCUUGAUGACUACGGCUUUCAGCUAUCUCCAGAAAGCUGGUGGCCUAGAGCGUGAGAAGGAUUACCCUUACACCGGGAGGGACAGCACCUGCAAAUUUGACAAGUCCAAAAUUGUUGCUCAGGUGAACAAUUUCAGUGUUGUCUCUGUUGAUGAAGAACAAAUUGCUGCUAACUUGGUGAAACAUGGCCCACUAGCAAUUGGUAUCAAUGCAGUCUUCAUGCAGACAUACAUCGGCGGUGUCUCAUGCCCAUACAUUUGUGGUAGGCAUCUUGAUCAUGGUGUGCUCCUGGUUGGUUUUGGAUCGGCUGGUUACGCACCAAUCCGCUUCAAGGAAAAGCCCUACUGGAUCAUAAAGAACUCGUGGGGUGAAAACUGGGGCGAGAACGGGUACUACAAGAUCUGCAGGGGUCCACAUGUACAAAACAAGUGUGGUGUCGAUUCGAUGGUCUCCACAGUGACUGCCAUCCACACCUCUAAGAAGGAAUAGGAUCCUACUAGUCCUCUUGUCUGUAUAUACCAUUAUUAUGUAUAAUUCCCACAUAUGGUUUGACCUGGUGCUAGAGCUCUUUUCAGUGAGGGCUGUUCUAUGGUAUUAUGUGAAACUGCUCUUGAUUGCUGUAAUGUUAUGUUUGGAUUAUUAUGUAUAAUUCCCACAGCACAACAAUUGUUGGAACUUACAAGUAGCUACUUGUUAUCAUGG